UCAGUUUUCGUCAACAUGGCGGCGCUGGAUGUCAUUGUGGAUAACUUGGUGACUCUGUGGAGGAUCCCGGCCGUCAGACUCAACUUCCACUGGAUUUUUGUGCUGAUUUCGGUCGCGGGGUCGAUCCUGAAGGAGCUGCAGCUCGUCCCGCAGACAUAUUUCAGCAGCAGAAACGCGUUCAAUGUGUAUUUCGUCAAAGUGUCCUGGGGUUGGACGUUGCUGCUGCUGACCCCCUUCCUCCUCCUCUCCAACUCCUCCUUCAGCAGGAGCGUGUCCUUCCUCGGUCGGCGUCUGCUGUCUCUGGCGGUGGCCACAGCCGUCUGGUACGUCUGCACCGAGACCUUCUUCUACAUCGAGGACGUGACCGGCUCGUGUUAUGAAACCGACACCAUGGACGUCAUUAACACGGAGUUCACAACCAAAGCCAGCUGCAGGCGGGCCGGCCUCCACUGGCACGGCUACGACAUCUCAGGACACUCCUUCAUCCUGGCGUACUCUGCGCUCUUCAUCGUGGAGGAAACGGCACCGAUGGCGUCCCUGAAGACGGCCAGUCUCUCGGCGCUGCCCAGGACGGUCCUCAGCCUGCUGUACGUGGCCUUGAACCUGAUCGUGAUCGUCUGGGUGUGGAUGUUCGCCUGCACCUCUGUUUACUUCCACGACCCGUCCCACAAGUUGCUCGGGACCAUCUGCGCCCUGUCGGCGUGGUAUCUGACGUAUCGGGUUUGGUAUCCGAAACCUUUGUCACCUGGACUCCCCCCUCAGCGCCACCCGAAGGAGCAGAAACAACACGCCUAAACUGCAGGUUGUUUUGUUGCUUAUGUUCCACAAAACAACACACUACAGCUGAUGUUUUCCGUCUCCGGGUCCAAACUGGCCGCGCUAUUUUAAGCUAUUUUAAGUUAUUCCCUCCUCACAGAAAGGUCGUUUUGUACAGGAUGGUGUUUGGCAGCUGCUGUUCCCAAAAUGACUCGUGGUAAUCUGAGACAAAAGCAGGACGCUGCUCUGCUGUCCGGCUUCAGCCGCUCACCUUCAGCCUCCGAGGCGCGCAUGAUUAACCACCGUUUGUCCCCCCGGUUUGUUGCCUUAUUAUAACGUUGCACUCGUGGAUGAGUAAUCGCAGUUUUUUGAUGCCCGAGUGGAAACACUUGAAUGUUUACAGCUCCAGUUGUAAAGCACUGAUAACAUGUAUUUUUGCAGACCAAUGUAAAGUAGUUCUACUUUGUUUUAUAGGAAAUGCCUUCAGAACAACGUCACAUCAGACACGACAGCGGGCUUAAAUGAUGGAAAGAUUUAAACGAGCUGUUACGGAUGGUUUGGGGUCACUGUGACUGAGUCAACACUUUAUGUAAAGUUUGCUCAGAGGACGUAGAGCUUGUAAAGCAGAUAAUAUAUUAAGAUCAUUUUAAAGUCUCAUCGUGCACAGACUGCAGUUGAAAAUUAUUAAAUUGCUCAAAUGGCUGGAAGAAUUUCCAUUAUUUUACAUUUCGAAAUAUGUCCAUCACAAUCUCCUAAUGCCCAAAGUUACUAGAGGCAAUAGUAAAAAACCCAAAUCUGUUCAUUUUAAAGUCACAUAGUACAAAGAAAGGCAACAAAUCCUCACAACUGUAAAAGAGGAAGGAAUCAGAGAGCUUUUAAGGUUAAAAAAUAACCGAUUAUUAAAACAGUUGCAUGUAUUUUUUUGUGGUGAUGGAAUAAUCAGUUAGUUGCUUCAGGUGUCAUUUAAUUCAUUGUCAGCAACACCGUGAAAAGACCGAAACUAGACGGAUUCUACCAACAAGUACUGUCAAAUAUUGACAAAACUUUAUUUAUCUUAGUCCUCUGUUCUAAAGAGCUCUAUUGUUUCCCAAAAAAAGACGAUAUAUUGAUAUCAGUAUUGGUUAUCGGUCAAAUUAUUUGUGAAACAUCAGCAUAUCGGUAAACUGAGAUUAUUUUAACAGCCUUGUUAAAUCAUCCUAAAACACUUUUCAUUCAAACACAAAAUACAUUUCAACUAAACAAUCUAAUUUCGUCUUUCCACUGCUCCAACAAUCACCAACCUGUUACGUUAUCCCCACCGCUCACAGUCACCAUCUUUCUCAGCUCAGCUGCCUGUGACACCAGUGCAGACUGACCUCUGGUGGUGUAUGCUGUGCACUACAAUACAUUGCAAUAUUACAGCAUUUCCAUAUCAGUUUAAUAGAAAGACGCACGUCUGUUUUUGAUGGUAUUAAUAAUCAUACUGUCAGGGUUUCUAAAUACCAUCGUAACAACUUUAAAAACCUUUGAAGCCUAAUGGAUGCCGAAAUGUGUUUUCAGUCCCACACGCACCCUCCUGAUGCCAUAAAUACUAGUUUACAAAACUGUAUUAUUGUGCAUGUGAAAAUAGUCCAACAAAUGCUCUAUUUCCUCCUGUUUGAGUAAUGUUUGCUAAAAACGUCCAGCUGCCAAGUAAUUAAGUUGAUUAAAAAAACUGAAAGUUUAUUUGUUUUUAAAAAUGUACAUCCUCAGUAGAAACAGAAGGCUUGAGUGCCAAAGACAGGAGGAAAGCUGUUAAGAAUUAAAAGAUGGAUAGAUAUUUGUUGGUUUUGGUCUUUUCAUGAAAUUUGUUGACAGAUCACAUAACGCCAGCCACAUUCUGUAAUAGGGGAUUUUGGGAAACUUGGGUGUAUAUAAAUCAUAUUGCUAAGAGUGUUAAUUUACAAUGUCACAAGCAAACGACUGUUUUCUAGCUCUCAUGUGUGGAUUUUUAUAAUGUGUGAAGAACAUUAUUGCAAGCUCAGUGCAGGUAACACGAUGGUGGUUUCUGGUUUAGAAAAAACAAAAUUAAAAAACAGGAUCUGUGUAUUCCAUUUUCAUUAUUUAUUUGUCAUUGAUGGCAACUGAAUAAAUUAAGGCUUAUGAACAAACAUCAUAAAAAGCACCAUAAAUAAAUGCAUAUAUAUAGAAAUAUAAAAAAUAAAAAGUAAAAAAUAAAAAAAUACUAUAGUGAAAUAUAAUGGCCACAAAUCACAACUAGGAUUUCUCGACUCAAAACUCUUUGCGUGUGUUCAAAGAAGUACAGAUCGGACCCGUCGGGUAGCGCGAUCUCAGUCCGGAGAAGCGGUGGAGUCGUAACAGGUGUGCUCGCAGUGAUCGAAAAGCGUUCGCAGUGAUCGGCUGGUUAUGAAGUUUCUUGACGUUUCCCUCCCAAAGCAUUUGUCAGUUAAAAUAAGUAAAUGUCUGAGGAUCAAAAAAGUCAACAAAAAUAGCUAAUUUUAUGACUAAAUUGUAUCAGUAAAUAGUAUUUUACACCUUUGCGUGUCCUGCUUGCUUCAAAACUUUGAAAAAAAUCCAUACAUAUUUUGUUUUAAUCUUCUCUUUUGUGCGAUUUACGUCACUGCUGCUCAUGCAACAACAGUUUGAAAUAACCUCCCCGUUUCCUUAAAUCUGUAUGGCUAUACUGCACUCUCAAAACAUGAAACUGGACACAAUGAACUACAUCUUCUACACUUAUUCUCUGCAUGAAAAAUCAAAUUUCUUAUCAGAUGUGACACAGCAAGGAGAUGCUGCUAUUAAAGGAGCAUUGAUCGUCGUCUUUGGUUCAACGUUUUCUGCCACAGAUGCAGCUAAUCAGGAGAAUACAGGGAGAAUCUAACUGAAAAAAUAAAAACCUUCAUUAUCCGAGGCUUGUGCAGAAGCUGUACUGUGAGUCCUUAACUGCAAGAAAAGUCUGUAUAACCAGCCUUAAAACCAAAAGCAGCUUACAACUCCAGCCACAUAAUGAGUUCAAACAUAAAGAGCGCGCGGUUCAGGAGCAGAAUUAUAAACCCCGGAGGUCUGACGAAGAAAAAAAAAAGCAGAAAAAGGCUCCCAUUAGGGGUGAACAGAGCGUGGA